GUUGAAUGGGGCGCAGCCAGGCGAGGCUUGCCUUUGUGCGGCCAGCCUGCGGGCACCCCUCCCGGCCCCCACCUCGCCCCGCCCCGCCCACCCCGACCCCUGCUGCCAGGGAGCGGAGACCCGGCGGCCGCUGCGGACUCGGACGAGAACGGCACAAGGUCAGCGGCAGACGCGAGCGGAGGGCGCCGGGGCGCGGAGUGCACGGCGGGGCGUCCCGCGAGCUCGUCGGCGGGCUCCCAGGAAUAUCCAGAAGCUGAUUCCAUCAUGGCAGAACUCAAGGUGGAGACCCGGACCAGCAUGGACUGGCAGAAGCGCUGCCUGGCCCUAGAAACCCAGCUUUUCAGGUUCCGCCUACAGGCCAGCAAGAUAAGGGAGCUGCUGGCUGACAAGAUGCAAGAGCUGGAGCAGAGGCUGCUGGAGGCAGAGCAGAGAGCAGAGAAUGCAGAGACCCAGGUGGGUGUGAUGGAAGAGAAGGUGAAACUGUCCAAUCUGAAGAAUAUGGACUCAGCAGGCAGCCUGCAUCGGAAGUACCAAGACUUGCUGAAAGCCGUGCAGGACAAAGAUGAGCUCAUCGGCCAGCUGGAGUCACAGCUGGAGAAGCAGCUUGAGAUGGAGAAUCAGCACCUGAAAAGCUGUAAUCAGUGCCUGGUGGAGCAGGUGGGAGCUCUUCAGGAUGCUCUAGAAGCUCUUCAGAUGGCACCUUCAGGGAAGCUGCCGGUGGCCCCCCAGGAAACCCCAGAGCAGGAUUCUGCGCAUUCAGGGCUAGGAGCCCAGCCAGUGGGGCAGGACAGUGGUCCUCAGGCCCAGUGUGCCCUGAAGGUGGUUCUGCCUGCACCUUCUCCAGAUUCUCUGCAGAAUAAGGACUCAGUCCCUAAAGUGGGAAGCCCCUUGGAGGAGUUCAGCUCCAUUCUGGUCCGUCCUGGGGAAAUAUCAGGGGCCAAGACCCUUCCAACUCGUCUGAGAAGAGAAGGCUCUCCUAGCCAGCUGUGUGUGAAGACUCACACCCCCAGACGUGGCCUGGCUUCCUGGGAUGAGAGCCUGGUGACUGCUCAGGGAGGCACACUCCCUGGGACAAAGACCUCUGCCAGGGAAGGUGGCCCAGGCUAUAGCCUGACCCUACCUAAGGUGCGGGCUCCCAGCACCCCCCGGGACAGUGUCCAGCUGGCUAAGCGGCACCAUAGCCAGCCCCAGGUGGGCCCUGGGCACUUCAACCACGUGGUGAGCAUUGAGAUUGGGACCCUCUCAGCCCUCCACCCCUCUGGCCUUCCCAAAUUGAAGGCCCGAGUUGAACUCCGGGAGGAACCAGAGAAGAUGGAAAUGGGGGAGCAACCCCCAGCUGGGAAGAAGGAGGAAAGAGAGAACCCAAAGGCCCCCAGAGCUGAGCUGGAGGAAGUGGAAUUGGGGAGCAAACCACCCACACCACCCCUGCACCGGUUUCCAUCCUGGGAGAGCCGGAUCUAUGCUGUAGCCACAUCGGGCAUGCAUCUCUCAGACGUGUCUCCCAGGAGUAAUGCCACCUGGUGUGGUUCGAGGCCUCCUGCCCUUGCGUCCCCUGGACCUUUCUCUGGCCUUGUCUACAAGAAUGGCACCGCGCCUGUCUACACCGCCCUGAAGGGGAGAGCCACGCAGAUCAGCACCGUGCCCUUUGUGGACGAGUCCUCUGGGUCCGACGAUGACUGCAGCUCUCAGGCAAGUUUCCGCACGUCGGUCCCCUGCUCUGAGUCAAGGAAGACCAGCGGACUGGGCAGCCCCCGGGCCAUCAAGAGAGGUGUCUCCAUGUCUUCGCUGAGCUCUGAGGGUGACUACGCCAUCCCUCCGGACGCCUGCUCCCUGGACAGUGACUACUCAGAGCCUGAGCACAAACUACAGCGCACCUCAUCCUUCUCCACUGAUGGAUUGGGCCUGGGCGGGGAGUCACUGGAGAAGUCGGGCUACCUGCUGAAAAUGGGGAGCCGGGUGAAGACAUGGAAGAGGCGCUGGUUUGUCCUGAGACAGGGACAGAUUCUGUACUACAAGUCCCCGAGUGAUGUCAUCCGGAAACCUCAAGGUCAAGUGGAGCUGAACUCUCGUUGCCAAAUCGUUCGAGGAGAGGGUGCACAGACAUUCCAGCUCAUCUCUGAGAAGAAAACCUAUUACCUGACAGCUGAUUCGCCCAGCCUCCUGGAGGAGUGGAUCCGAGUACUACAGAGUCUGCUGAAGGUUCAGGCCACUGGGCCUCCAGCCCUGCCUCAGGGUGGCACCAAGCCCACCGUGAAGGGCUGGCUGACCAAGGUAAAGCAUGGCCACUCCAAGCUGGUCUGGUGUGCUCUCGUUGGCAGAACCUUCUACUACUAUCGGAGCCAUGAGGACAAGCGACCCCUGGGCCACCUGCCUGUGCGGGACGCGCGCAUAGAGGAAGUAGAUCGAUCCUGUGACUCAGAUGAAGACUACGAGGCUGGAGGAACCCGGCGGUUGCUUUCCUCCCACUGCACCCUGGUGAUCCACCCCGCAGAGCACAGCCCCACCUACCUCCUCAUUGGCACCAAGCAUGAAAAGGAUACGUGGCUUUACCACCUCACAGUGGCCGCAGGUGGCAGCAGUGCCAAGGUGGGCACUGCCUAUGAGCAACUCAUUGGAAAACUGAUGGAUGGUGAGGGAGACCCAGAUUCCCCCCUCUGGAAGCACCCCAUGCUGUGCUACAGCAAGGAUGGGCUGUACACCUCCCUCACCACCCUGCCCUCGGAGGCCCUGCAGACGGAGGCCCUCAAGCUCUUCAAGUCCUGCCAGCUCUUCAUCAAUGUGCCUGUGGAAGCCGCCUCGGUGGACUACCACGUGUCCUUGGCCCAGACGGCCCUGCAGGUGUGCCUGGUCCACCCCGAGCUGCAGAGCGAGAUCUACUGCCAACUCAUGAAGCAGACCAGCUGCCGCCCACCUCAGAAGCAUUCCCUCAUGCAGUGCUGGCAGCUCCUGGCUCUGUGCGCCCCACUUUUCCUGCCCCAGCACCACUUCCUCUGGUACGUCAAACAGCAGCUCCAACGCCACGCAGACCCCAGAAAUGAAACUGGCCAGUAUGCCACCUACUGCCAGCGGGCAGUGGAGCGGACCCUGCAGACCGGGGAGCGGGAGGCCAGGCCGUCACGCAUGGAAGUGGUGUCCAUCUUGCUGCGGAACCCCUUCCACCACUCCCUGCCCUUCAGCAUCCCCGUGCACUUCGCCAAUGGGACUUACCAGGUCGUCGGUUUUGACGGCUCCUCCACAGUUGAUGAGUUCCUCCAACGGCUGAACCAGGACACAGGCAUGAGAAAGUCAUCCCACUCUGGCUUUGCCCUCUUCACGGAUGAUCCUUCUGGCAGGGACCUGGAACAUUGCCUUCAGGGGAGCGUCAAGAUCUGCGAUGCCAUCUCCAAAUGGGAACAAGCCCUGAAGGAGCUGCACUCUGGAAAGUCUGAGGGUGGCACACGUGUCGUGAAGCUGAUGUACAAGAACAGGCUGUACUUCCGGAGUCAAGUCAAAGGCGAGACGGAGCGAGAGCGGCAGCUGCUCGCCUUCCAAACUAGUGGAGAGAUAGUGGCAGGGAGGUUUCCUGUCAACAAGGAACUGGCUCUUGAGAUGGCUGCCUUAAUGGCCCAGGUAGAGUAUGGGGACUUGGAGAGGCCCAUCCCACCAGGCCCUGGGGGUACACCCCCUUCCAAGGCUCAGCAUCACCUACAGCAGGUUCUAGACAGGUUCUACCCAAGGCGCUACAGACAUGGGGCACCCCCUGAACAGCUGAGGCACCUGGCAGAUCAGCUGAGCACAAAAUGGGCAGCACUGCAAGGCUGCUCCCCUCCUGAGUGCAUCCGCAUCUACCUGACGGUGGCCCGGAAGUGGCCCUUCUUUGGUGCUAAGCUCUUUGCUUCUGAGCCCGUACAGCUGUCUUCCAAGGAGAACACCCUGGUGUGGAUUGCUGUGAAUGAGGACGGUGUCAGCAUCCUGGACCACAACACUAUGCAAGUGCACAUCACUUACCCCUACUCUUCACUGAUGACCUUUGGUGGCUGCCGCGAUGACUUCAUGCUUGUGAUUAGAACCGUUCCAGACCAGAGCUCUGGAAAAGGCCACAUUGAGAAGUUGAUCUUCCGGAUGGCUGUCCCCAAGAUUGCAGAGGCUACUUUCAUCAUGGCCAGCUACAUGAACCAUUGCUCUGCAACUGUGAACCCACCCAGCAACCUGCCUGCUGCCUGCAAGCCGUGGGAACUGGAUGGACAACAGUUCUUUGCUUCUGUUCCAUGUGCCGCCAAGGGGCCAACGUUGCUGUGAAUAUUUCUCUUCCCCCUUUCCCCAACACCUGGUGCCUCUGGAAUUGCAGCUAUGUAUCCUGGGGCAUGAUACUACUGUGAUGGGUCUAAUAGCCCUCCCCUCAGCCUCAACCCUGGUUUGUUCUGUGAAAUGUGUUAUUUCAGUGUCCAUGAAGCCUUUACUUUCUAGGUGCCGUAUGUUUCAAGACCCAAUAUAAAAACCACUUUUUUUUUUUUUUUUUUAACAAGAAUACUGAGCUCUGGAUGCUGCCUUCUUCUAACACAGAUAGGGAUGUCCACUGUUACUGGUACUGAGGGCGUCAGAGCUUUCCCCACUGAUCCUCUCAGGGACGCUAAUAUUUUUUAUAUUGUAUACCGUCCUUAUGUGGGGAUUUAUACUUGAAGUUUUCCCAACAUUCCUGCAUAGAAUAGGACUAAAAUUUCCAAUUCACCUGAACUCUGACAACAGCCCAGAACUCACUGAAACUAGACUUCCUUUCCCAGAUGGGAAAGGUGUUGAUAGGGCUAGAGAGAAAGGAAGACUCAUUUUCCGCUUCCCCUAAUGCAAAUGAGGCGUUUGCAGUGCAGCUCCUGUCUUUUGCAGGACAAGCUCUCCCUGCUGAGAUUGAAGCUGCUCUCCCUCACACUGCACUGUAAGCCCACUGAGUGCAAGCAAGGGCAGGGGGGUAGGACCAACCUGACCUCUCUGUCUCAUUUUAACGACUGGACGGGGCUCAGUGAAGGCUGUGCUCACUACUGUAGGAUGUGGUGGUGGUCACUUGUUUCCCCGCUCUUUACAAGACUAAGCAAAUGCAUUCUGCUUUUUGCUGCACUGAGGCCACUAAAGAUGAGUCAGAAACGGAAGACCCCUCUGGGCUUCUGGGCCUGGAUUUGCUCCUUAAGACUUCCGGCGAACUUCCGCUGGGAAUCAGUUUGAGGACAGAGGGCACAUAUGUGAUACCUGUCCUAGCUUAAGGGCAUCAGGUGAAAGAAAUUGAAUAUUUCUUUCACCUUUUUCCUUCCUGAUGAUACCAGUAUUCCCACAGCCCCAACUGAGACCUCUGUUGAGUGCAGAGAUUAUCUUUGUUUUCACACUCCCCUAACAGAAAAAAAGACGAAAGAGUUCAUUUGUACUCUGAUUUUCCAAUAUUGGAGAAACUGAGUUUUAUUUCACAGCUCUAAUGGCAGUCUUACCAUCUGUCAAUAAAGUGCUGAAAACUGUAUGGGUUUAGUGGGAGCAUCCAAGAACCCAGCCUUUAACCCCAACAAAGUGUGUGUGUGUGUGUGGCACAAUACAAACACUGCACGGCUGGAACUAGUUUCUGUGAACACCUCAGCUGCUGUAAGUUUCCCCUCUCACCCUUUAAACUGACAAGCAUAAUGAAAGAAAGCAGCACACCAGAGUGUCUGCCUCUUUUAAAUGAACUUGACUUUGCAAGGCUGGCAAUUUUACAGCCAUCUCCCAUUUCUGUUCCUGCCUUUCCCCCAGGUUCUGGGAUCUAGCUGGGACAUUUCUACCUCGAACAAGUCAAUACGUCACAUGUACCACAGGCUCCUGAAGAACCCCUCUCCAGGGCUGGUGUAAAAGGCAGAAAUUACAACUCUGGUUUUGUAAUAUCUUCCUGUCUCAAAGGCCAAUGAGGACAAUAACAUCUGCCUGGGAGUUUAAAAAAAACUAGGAUCCCAAAGAAAAAGUAGGCAAGAAUGGAGCUGUGAUCAUACAGAAUUUGGGGGUUCAAGCUAUUGCCCCCACCCUGUCCCCUUCCCAACACUUCAGGAAUCCUCCCUUAGUUUGUGAAUUUUCUACAGAAGAAACUGCCUUAUAAACAAAGGCUCCAAUAGUUUGUGUGUUUAUCCUUCUUUAACAUGUCUGGAAACCCAAGUCAAAUUUCUGUCUGGCCUUUUGUCUCAUCCCUCUUGGCAAAAGAAGGUUUUGAAACCAUAGACAAUGCUGAAUAAUAGAAAAGUAUUAAUGUGCUUCACACCCAUGACUGAAAAGCCACAUUCAUGUUUGUCAAUAAAAAGCAUCUCUCUGUGAA